AUGUCUCCUUCAGGUUUAAUUAAAGGAGCUGGUUUGUUGCCUGAUGGUCCUCUGAAUGCAGCUGUAGGAGAGACAGUGAUGUUCACUACAACACUGACUCCAACAGAAACACCGUUUCAGGCUGUGGUCUGGACUUUUGAUGACUCUAAGAAUAUAAUAAGCUCAAGUACUGCAAACAUAACUGGACCAGAGUAUGAAGGCAGGAUCACACUCUUCUCAUCUACUGGAUCUUUGGAGCUCAGAAGUCUGACUCCAGAUGACAGUGGGUCAUACUCAGUUAGCAUUUUCCCAGCUGGUGCUUUUGCGCAGAAUGGACGUACUACUCUGGCGAUAUACGAGAAAGUCUCCAAUGUGUUGGUAACUUCCAGCAGCACAGACUUGGUUGAGUUCAAUGAUUCUGUCUCUCUGUCCUGCUCUGCCUCUGGAUCCUCUCUCUCUUUCCUCUGGUUGAACGGCAGCUCUGAGGUUACAGCAAGUGACAGAGUUCAGCUCACUGAUGGAGGCUCCAGUCUGACUAUAAUCACUGUGACCCGCUUUGACCAGGGACCAUUCAGGUGUCGUGUGUCCAACCCUGUCAGUACUGGUACCAGUGAUCCAGUAAACCUCUCCAUCAACUAUGGUCCAGAAAAUAUCAAUUUGAUCUUAUCUCCAUCACAAGGAUACUUUGCUGUAGGGUCAAACAUCAGCAUCACCUGCUCAGUUGGAUCCAGACCUCCUGCCCAGUUUAAGUGGUUUUUGAAUGGAGAUCAGCUGCCUGAUACUGGAUCAGAGCUCAGACUGAUGAAUGUUCAGAUGAGUCAGAGUGGAAACUACAGCUGUCAGGCCUUUAACAGCAAAACUCUGAUAUCUCAAACAUCUCAGCCUUCAGCCAUCACUGUGCUGGUCUCACGCUACUACUGCUUGUCCUCCUCAUCCCAUGUGGGACACAGGGCUUCCCAUGAUCUGUCAUCUUGCCAUGCCAGGGUUUAA